AUGGAAGCAGUCGGCCUGACGAUAUUAAUCCUGUCCCUCGCCGCUCUCGCCCAGACAGCGGUCGAUUGCUUUCAAUCCGUUCAGCUCGGCAAGAACUUCGGAACCGACUUUCAGACGACCUGCAUCCGACUGGACAAUGCGCAGUUGCAACUGUCCCGAUGGGGAAAAGCGCUCGAGCUGUCCCGUCAACAGCACGCCAUUUCCUCAAGGCUAGCAUCCUGCGUGAGCGGUGACUUGGCAUCUUUCUCCCACCGAGGCCAUACAGCCCUGUCCAUCGCAGCCCAAAGGGGCCACCGGCGGAGUUGCGUAGACAGUCUGCUAGCAAGCGGCAAAUUCAGUGUCAAUGUGCCAGGACCUCGAGGCCGUACCCCUUUGUCGCUCGCAGCUGGAGCUGGCCACGACCAUGUGGUCGUCCGCCUGCUCGAAGAGGAAGACAUCGAUGUUGGUGUCCCGGACAGUUUCGGAGCAUCGCCCGUCUCCUGGGCAGUGACAUCAGAUUCGCCGAGUACGAGUGAAAUAUUGUUCCAAUCCGGAAAGUCGAAUCUUGGAGCUCUCGACGAUUCGGAUCGAUGUGCGCUGUCAUGGGCGUGCGAGUACGGCUCCCGCGGGUGUGUCAGGAUACUGAUUGAGCACGGCGUGGCCGUCAAUGUACAAGACAAAUCUGGAAAGACGCCGCUGAUGCACGCGGUGAUCUCAGGAGAGCUGAAAAUUGUACGGUGGCUCGUGCAACGAGACGUGGGCAGCAUUCAUUUGAGGGACAACUGCGACGGAUGGGCACCUAUCGCAUGGACCUUGGACGGAUCGGAGCGGCCCAGGAAUGCCGAGCUGCUUAUGCCCUAUGUUGUCGAUGGACUACAAGAUGGAGGCUGGGUGUCCGUGUUUGACACUGCGCUCCGCUGGGGAGCCUUUGCGAUUGCGCAGCUGAUGGCCAAGAAUGAAGUUUUGGACAUCAAUGCUAGCGAUGAGGCAGGGCGGACAGCGCUUUGGCAUGCAGCAGACAAGGGACAAGUUGAGAUUGUCCGACGGAUACUUGCGAGAGCAGAUGUGACCACCUCGGACUCGGAUAUCAACGGCGAUACCCCGUACUCUCGAGCCGCUUUACACCAGCAUGAGGAGAUAUGUGAAAUGCUCUUGCAAUACCGUACAUGAUGGCGGGCCUUGGCCGAUUGGCCGUUCGUCAACUGGACACAAUGGAGGGCCGCCUGCUCAACCUGUACGACAGGACCUGCACCAAUCGAGGCCCGUGGACGCCCCCUCGUUGACUCGACAUCACUAUUGGACUACCGGAAACCUUGGUGUGCUCCACAAG